AUAAAGUUAUCCAUGGAACCAAGUAAAGAUUAUAAAAUUCUAACUGAAUCUCGCUUCCACAAGAUAUGCGUGUGCGCCGGCGAAAGUAUUUCUACACGUUUCCAUCUUCGUCCCGUAAGUCUUGGUCAGUUGAAUAUUACAGUCUACGGGUAUUCUAUGGAAGAAGACGACGAAGUCUGCGGGAACGAAAUUACAGCUCGUUUAAGUGCUAGGGAUGCAGCAACGAAGCAACUACUCGUCGAGGCAGAAGGCUUCCCUAAAGAAGAAGUUUUCAAUUAUUAUAUUUGCCCAGAAGAUACCAAUGGAACUUAUGCUUCUGAAGUAGACUUGUUAUUACCUGAGAAUGUGGUUGAUGGUUCUGCAAGAGCUUUCAUGUCCAUAUCCGGUGAUAUAAUGGGUCCAGCUUUGAACGGACUAAAAUACUUGGUCCGUCUGCCCGUCGGUUGUGGAGAACAGAAUAUGGUACUUUUUGUACCAAACAUAUUUGUACUCGAUUAUUUAUCAUCUGUUGGUAAAAUCAGCGAGGAGAUUAAACAAGAAUGUCUUAAUAAUAUGCGGAAAGGAUACCAGAGGGAACUCCAGUACCGUCACGGAGAUGGUUCAUACAGCGCGUUUGGUAAAAACGACAUCGAAGGGAGCCUUUGGUUGACUGCCUUUGUAGUCAGGUCCUUUGGUCAAGCAAGAAGAUUCAUCGACAUUGACGAGCAUGAUCUCAGACUCAGCACAGCUUGGAUCUUAGAAAAACAGUUUGAAAACGGAUGCUUUGAGUCCACGGGUUACUUGCACCAGAAGUCCUUAAAAGGAGGUCUAAAUGAAGGAGAACAGUCUCUUGCUCUAUUGACUGCUUACGUUCUAAUUUCCAUUUUGGAAUCGGGAGCAGUAAAACCUAAUCAAAUAUCGAUAAAGAAUGCUUUGAAAUGUUUAGAAGCUGAAUCCAACCCCAAUAGUUAUGGUUUGGCACUAUUUUCUUAUGCUGCAGCAUUGUCAGGAGAAAUUUCUUCAGCUGAAGCGCAUUUGAAACUAUUGGAAGAAAAGUCUGUUAGAAAGGGUAGCUUGAUGUUCUGGGAUUCUUGCAAAUCCAAAUCUGUCAGUAUAGAGAUUGCUGGAUACUAUAUUCUUUCUAAACUUGCUGUAUCAAAAAAUUCUACAGACAACAUUGCUCAAAUUCAACCAGUAGUACGCUGGAUCACAAGACAACGAAAUACAAACGGAGGAUUCGUUUCUACACAGGACACUGUAGUAGCCCUACAAGCUCUGUCAACAUUUGCUUCACGACAGUCACAAAAGGCAGUGGAGAUAGGAGUGGCCAUUGAAAGCAAUGAACUAGUUCAAGGAUUCAAAGUUGAAGAAGAUAACAAGUUGGUGACCCAAAGCACGAAAAUCCCAGUGCUGCCGACAGGUGUCGAUCUUCAAGCCGUUGGGGAAGGCUGUAUUUUAGUCCAAUACAAUUUGCGGUACAACGUGAAGAAGGUUUCAGGCAAAGAGGCAUUUGAUUUAAAUAUUGACGUACUUCGCCUUGAAAGUAUCAACUGCAAUACACCAAGAAUAGGAAUAUGUAUGAGGUACAAAAUAUUAGAUGAGACGUCAAACAUGGUGGUUGUAUCUGUGAAGAUGGCAUCGGGAUUUAGUCCGGAUGAAUCGAGUCUUCAGAACCUUGUAUCAGAUCCAACUGUGCAAUUGAAACGUCAUGAAAUUGAUGGAAACGAGGUUAAUCUAUACUUUGACGAGCUUACGAAUGAACAGAAAUGUUUACAUUUCUUCAUUCAAAGUGAGGUUGAAGUGGAAGAUAUACAGCCGGCUUCGAUUCAUCUGUACGAUUACUAUGAACCUGAUAUGAAAGUAAUAAAAGAAUACAUGAUUCCAUCUACAUGUUCUGCUGAGACCAUCCCCGAGUUACCUCUGCUACCUCCUAUAGUCAUUGACACUGUAGACAAUGGAGGUUUGUAUACCUUUGAGGACGAAUCCAUGACAGUGUCAUCCGAGACAAUAACAGAACUGCCUGAACUUAGUACCAUUGAGAACGUGACCCUAGAUUAUUUCCCAGAACUGAAUAUUUCAACCGAACAGACCACUGAAUUCGGCAACGGAUCACAAUUCUCAGACAGCUUGGAUGUUGUUGAAUUAUCUGAUGAUGCUAGUGUGUUUGACGAUGCGGCUAAUUCAAGUAAUUUAGAUAAUUUUAUUGAUGUAUCGUAUGAUUUAGAUUUUCCAGAUGGAAUCGAAGGAAACAUGCCUGUGUCUGUACUUCCAACAGAUGAAACCACAGAAUCUAUCAUUGCAACAACAUACGAAGAAGACUGUCCUGUAUGUGAAGAAUACUUUCCUGAAAACUUUAGUGAUGUCUACUGUUCAUCCGCAUUUGCGUUACGAGUUAUGGUAAAAAAUGACUUAGGAGUUGUGAAAAUCCUUCAUGAUGUAAGUGCCGAUGUUCCCCAACCAAAAGUUAUAAGAAAAUUUGCCACAUUAGAGUACAAUUCAAGAUGCUUUUGUCCUCAAGUCCACGAAAAGGGGAAAGUAUUGCUCGUCAUAGGAACACCCAUUACCUUAUGGAAUGCAGAAAAGGAUAAACAUCAGCUUCAACUCAACAACAAAGUGUUCAUCAUUCCAUCAUCCAAAGCAGUGCAACCAACAGAACUGAGGAAGGCGAAAAACCAGUGUAAUAAUGACCCAUAAACUAUUCCUGGUAAUUUUGCAUGUUCAUAUUUCAUACCUCAUUGUGAACGAACUUAUUCCUCAUUGACUUUGUACAUAUAAAUAAUGUGUAAUAUAAUGCUUGCCUGAAAAUGUAUUCACAUAUUUCA